AUGCAUCGCCUAGCUUUGCUCCCUCUCCUCUCUACGGCGGUUCUCGCCGCCACAGAGGCCACUUUAACCAGCACUGGCUGUGCUGAUGCGUCUGGUUUCGAGAGCUGCCAAAAGAAGGCCAAUGACAACCUGAGCUCAUGUAUUGCCCAGGCGAAGAAGGACAAUAGCCAGCAGGAAAUCUUGGCUUGCGGCUGCCAGAACUACGUUGACAACUACAACUGCUAUUCCGCAUCCUGCUGGAACCGAGUCUGGGAGUGCGAAUAUCAAGAGUACAUCAUCGAGUAUUUCCUCAACUGCCCCAUCGCCAAGCUGCCCGUGCCAUACUUCCCGGCACCCAACAAGGCUGCCGAUGCAUGCUCUUGCAACCUGGGCAAGGUCUUCCUCGCCAUUCAAGACGCCAUCCAAGAAACUGCAACAUGUUCAAAUAACGCAAACGGGCCCGACGCCUCCAACAAUCUUCAGCAGAUUCAGGGAUGUGAUUGCUGUGAGAUCAGUGGAGCUCUAUCAUCGUUCUACAACAUUUGCCCUGACACCGAUCCUACGCUUAUUGGCCUCUCAAACGUUUCUCAACUCGAGUCACAGCUUAAUACCCCCUUUGACUCCUGCGGCAGCUACUUGGACACUUACGACUGCAUUUCCAGCCUCGGUUACUCUCUCGACGGAGUUAGCACCUACUACAAACCAACCAACCUUCCCAAGAGCGGGACGGCUACACUGAGCAACGCUGCGGGAACAGUAACAGCUCCUGCUAGUGGAUCCGUGUUUACUUAUACAAAUGGUGGCGAUGGAACUGUAUAUACUAUUACUGCGGCAGGCGUCAAGGAUUCCAGCUCUGGCUCUGGCUCUGGCUCCGGCUCCGGCUCUGGUUCUGGAUCCGGUUCUAACUCUGGCUCUGAUAGCUCACAGUCCACGGGUUCUGGCGACGCACCAGCUAAGACUGGAAGCCCUGCACAAGGAAGCACCACUACUGCUAGCCCUACCAAGACUGGAUCCUCCAAGAAUGGAGCCGGCAUGGCCACUGCCAGCCUCUACUUGGUAGCAGCUGUGAUGGCCAUGCCCAUUCUUUUGUAUUUUUAG